AUGCGGGUGCUAGAUCUCAGUGGGUCGCCUCUUGAGGAGCUACCAGAUUCCAUUGGUAGUUUGUUUCAUUUCAAGUUUCUGAACUUGAAUAGCAAUAAUAAGAUACGAAGGCUUCCAAAUUCCAUUUGCAAGUUGCUGAAUUUGGAGUUGUUGAACCUUGACGGCUGUACAGCACUUGAGGAGAUACCCGAAGGCAUUGGGAACCUUAUCAACCUCCGAAGCUAUUUGCCCAAAGGAAUCAGGCACCUCACUUUUCUCCAAUUUCUCUAUUUUCAUAGAUGUGUCAAUCUUACAUCUUUGGGCGAAGAGAUCCAAUUCCUCUCUAACCUUCGUCAAUUGUGGAUUUCAUCCUGUGAAAAUUUAGAAUCAUUGUCGCCAGAUUUGAACCUCUUGACCGCUUUGGAUACUUUAUUUAUCAGCGAUUGUGUAAAGCUUGAUUUGAUGAAAAACACAGAAGGCCCUCAAGGUCUCAGAUCAUUUGGGAUCUUUGAUUCAGAUUUGGCUGCCUUGCCUCCUUGGCUUGAGGAUUCUUCAAAUGUUAUGCAGAGCAUAGCAAUCGAGAGGUGUAAUAAUCUAAAUGAACUUUCGGAAUUGCAAAAAUACACAUUCCUCGAGCAUCUGGCGAUUGAAGAUUGUUCCAAUUUGGUGGGUUUGCCGCAUGGGAUGCAUUGCCUCACUGAGUUGCGAGAAUUGAAGAUUGCCGAUUGUCCCAAGCUAAGCAGGAGUUGCAGAAGGCAAUUAAAAGCCAAGGAGUCCAAGUUCACACGUGAGGUGAAAAUUACAGUCGACUUUGAUGUGGAUACGGACGAGGAGGAUACAUCAAUGAUCAACCAAUUAAGGAGCUGCCGAUGA